CCGUCGCUGGCGCAUUCCAACCGUGGCCUCCGACCGCUCCGGACCUGCGCACACGCCACCCGACCCCGCGACAACACCCGACAACACCCCACACAACAUGAGGAUCCUACCCCUGAUCGUACUCAUAGCCUGCGUGAGCUGCGCGUUGGCCAGGCCGCAGGAGGAGGAGGCCAAACCCGCACCAGCCCGAGGCUUGCUCAAACGAGGCCCACCACCCAAGUCCAAGACCACCACAACCACACCGGCGCCUGCGCAGGAGGAAGCGGAAUACGACGACGAGGGGGAAUACGAGCAGGAGGAGCAGCAUGAGGCAUCCACGGAGGCGCCACCUUCCUCCACUGAAGGCAAGAAGCUGGUGGGCAACGGCGUGCGGCCCUUCCGCAGCAACACCGACCUGCUCGAGACCCUGAAGAGGAAGAGGGCGCAGGCUGCUGAAGCGAGGCACGCGUCACCUGCCUCUCACUCAGAAGAUGGCCAGGCUGAUGGACCAGUCAAAGCCAACUACAACAAGAAGCGUUUCAACGCUGGCAAGACCGAGGAGUCGGGCAAGACCGGCAAGAGCCGCUUCACCAGGCCGUCGAAAGCGAGCCAGGAGGUUGAGGCGGAAGAGGAGCCCCCCACUCCCUCCCCCAGGACCGGAAGGACGUUCAGGCGGGGCAACUAAUCCCAUCACAUCCUGCCCCCAUUCCUAUCCUACUAUAAUUCCUAUCACAACCUAUCAGAACACUUCUUAUCCUACUACAAUCCUAUAUGCCAUGUAAAAACUCAGUUAUUCCCAUCAAAUAUUCCUUUCCUAUCCCAUGUUCUACCACAUCCUCCAUCCUUUUGAGGUCUAUCCAAUAUCCAUAGUCCAUAAAAUCGUUAGAAAUCCCGCCCCUCCUAUCUAUCCCAUCCUAUCCCAUACUGUUACUCUCUUACUAAUAAAAAUAUUUACGUAGUGUAUAACUAUUCAUGGUCCGCUGUCUUUGUGUGUAACAAUUCCUGUGCCAGACAACGACAAUUAUAGUAGGCCUUAUGUAGUUAGUCGACGUGUAAAUAUUUUUUAUUAAGAGAGUUAGCAUAAAUAAUUUUCAUUUGAGGACCAUCCACCGUACGAAUGAAAAUUGCUCGCCUCUUCCCAAUCCCACACCAUCCCACUCUAUUAGACGUUGAUAUUCCUACCAACCACAUCCUACCAUCCCAUCCUAUCCCACUGGUCCUUAUCACCAAGUGUUAACCGUCUGAUAUUAGGUAUUCUCUGAAUUUAUUAGUUCCGAAUCAAUAAGUUUUUUAUACGUUUGUAAAAUAUUAUGUGUAAGUAAUUUUAAAUAAAUAA